AUGGUGGCUGUUUACCUGUAUAAAAGGCAUGAUGAAUCAAAAUCGUAUGCGAAUGUUGUUGAUGCUCACACAACAUUGAAGUGGUUCCAUACAUUCGAACCGUAUCAGAUCGGAAAUCCUUUCGACAUCCCAGUUUGUCGGAAUAUUUUAGAAACUUCUAAAAGUGACAAACGCAUAUUCUUAACCAAGUCACCAAUUUUUAGACCUUUGAGAUUUUUUAGGUCUUCUAAUCUGUUCAAAUUAUAUGGAGCAAGACUUUCAUACACAAGAUGCCGAGAAAAUAAAUAUGGAUCCGGAUUACACAGUUUGAGAUCAGGUGAAGCUACAGCAGCAGCCAAUGAUGGGAAUGUUACAGAACGACAAUUGAAGUUACAUGGAUGCUGGAAAACUGAUAUUGCGAAGGACGAUGUGCAUGACAGUGUUAAGAACAGACUGCUUGUUACUGAGAAUCUUGGACUUUAG